GCUCAGACGAUCUCAAGGAAACUGAAGGGGGAGGAGAACAGUGCAGAGGCAGAAGGAGGGAUUUCUCCUCAUGGUUAAUGGCAUCUCUUUUUUUGCAAUAUCCAGACAAACCUCCACACUGAAACCUGAAACUUGCAGAGGUGGCGUGCUUUACCGAGCACUCGCCGCUCUUUCUGUGCUAAGUUCACUUUUUCCGGACUCAUCCUCCUCCUGAGGACAUUUCAGCAGACGGCUCUUCUUCUGCAGUGAAUGAUGCUGCUCCAGAUGGCCCGUCAUCAGAUUGGUCUGUGUUUGGUGCUUUGCAUCAGCAGCAGCCUGGCCACACCUUUGCCUUCCUACAUUACUCUGGAGGGAAGUACAGAUGAGGAAGAACUCAGUAACUUCAGUUUCUCUCUGCCCAUUACCAAUCUCUCCACUGAGUACCAAACUGCAUCUGUCAACACAGCCCAUGAGAAAAAUGACUUUCUGAAUCAGCUUGUGAACUUUCUCCAGGAGAACAUGCUCCUCAUCCUUGUUGCUGCCACUCUCAUCCUUCUCAUCUUCCUCAUCAUCUGCGGGGCAGUUUUCAUGAGCCACAGGCGCAAAGUCAAUGCCUACUACCCUUCCUCCUUCCCCUCAAAAAUGUAUGUGGACCAUAGAGACAAAACUGGAGGCACUAAACCCUUUAAUGAAGUUCAAGAAAAAGCUGCUCCGGGGCAGGAAAGUGAGCCAGUGGACUCUCACAAGCAGCUCCAGGCUGACAUUAUGAGGGCUGCCAAGAGCCUGCGCACUCCAAAUAAAUCUGUUGACACUGCAGAGAGAAGUGAUCCAAGUCAGACAGCAGCAGACCACGGUCCCGAGGACAGCUCUAAACCAGAUGGCAGCAUCCUAGACCAGCAGCUCCCGAUUCUCCCUGAGGAAAAGGAGCCUGGUGAGCUUUCCGACAGUGAGGUCGACGCCACAGCAGGAAGCUCAGAGCUGAGUCCUCCUGAGGGGCCUCAUUUGGAGGAAGGUGAUUCACAACAGCCUUUGACGGGCAGGAGUCUUCGACCCUCCUCUCUGCACAUUCACAAUGACUCUGCUACACUUCAGCUCAUCGCAGGAGAGAAAACCGCCUUCUAACAAAAAAAAAACUUUAAAGAUUUCUGCAGGUUUAUUGGAGGAAAUGCAGAGAACUUACUAAAUACAGUUUUGCAGGCAGAUACAUGACAUACUCCUUAUUCACCUUUGUAAAAGUUUCACGGUACAAAAAUAUUAUAGUGGUUUGUGUUACCUGAGGAUCUCUGAAAUUUUACUAAAGUGUGGUUGUCUACAUCUCUGCAUAUGGGUUACUGCUGUUAGCAGUGUGGUUACAAUUACUCUGCACUUUUGUGCAAAAAACUGAGCACUAUGAUUCAGUUUAGUCUUUGAAUGUUUAAUACACAACUAUUAUGCUUUCCCUCAUUUUCUGUCACAUAUAUACUGUUACAGUGGGGUGAAUUUUCAUAUUAAACAUGUCCAAAUUUUUAAAUAAAGAGGUCAGCAUAUGUACACGUAAUAACUCUGAAGCAAAACAUCGUCACUGUGUGAUGUCAGGGAGGCAGAUAUUCCUAACAUGGUUGGGUUAGGCACACAUUUCUGGAUGUGUGCACCGAAUCCCACUCUCAUCCUGCUGUUCAAACCUUCAUUUGUGUCAGAGAGCCAAUCAGAAGAAAGCUGUCUCAAAAGGUGUCGUCUCUAUCAGAAAAAGAGCUAAACUGGCUUGUUUGUAUUGAGAUGUAUUGAAAUGCUGUUUAAAAAAAAAAAAAAA